AUUUAUGAACUGCAUACAGUUAUUCUCAUUUUCUAAGACCAAAAUGAGCACGACUCGCUAUGGCGGCUAAAAUGGAUCAAUUCUAAGGUCAGUUUUCAUUAAUUUGACAAAACAUUGGAAAAACAUGGAUCAGAUAAUAAAGUAUUUUAAUGAAAGGCAUGAGAAUUGUGUAUUCAUUAUCUUUAUCGACUGAGAAAAUCAGUAAUACUAGUGAAUCUGAUAGUUAUGGCCGCCUUGCGCACUCGACACAGACGAUCAAGAAGAAAAUGUCAGUCGUUUUAAUAUACAGACGUUUGUGUUCGCCAUCUUGGCUAAAGUAUGAUGAUGAUUAUUUUCAAUUCAUUCGUAUCUCAAGAAUUAAUGGAGUUAGUUAACAUGGAAUUAAGAUAUGAAAAAUCAGGAUUUUCUGUAGAAGUCUUUGAUUUUUAUCUCAGUCAAUGGAGAUUGCUACUAAAUUGAUUGGUUUGUGAAUAGAAGGGCAUAAGUGUAUGAAUGUCCGCGUAAUAUGUUUAUUAUUUAAACCGAAUUCUCGGCAUUUUAAAGAAGCCUAUAAAAUAAGCACACAAUUUGUUUGUGUCAAAAUGAAUGUUUAUUGUUUUUAUCAUGUGCUAUAUAUUGGUGUUGCCGCCAUGGAGUUAAUAUUAUGCAUUUUACCUCGAACUACGCAUGGGAGCAUGGAAAUAUCCCAGGCUUCUCAAAUGAGAUAUUACAGCUUCCAGACUAUAAAGGAGAGACUUAAUUCCCCCUCAACACCUCGAGACCUCACGGACAAACACACACAAACGAUCAAAGACAUGGAACUAGAGUCGAAAAAGUCGUCAGUAGCACUAGAAUUUAUGGAAGAGUUAAAAGAUAAAAGUGAACUUCGUAGACAACGCUGUGAUAUUUCGAAAACUGGAGUAACAUUAAAGGAUUUUAACCUCAGAUUUUCCAAGUCGAAUUUCCAAUCAGUAUUUGGGCCUUCAGCCAAGAAAGCCGUUUCAAUUGCCAACACUUUAACAAGUUUAUUUUUUAACCACAAAGAUCUUGAUAUAAAACAUUUAAACGCCACACAGAUGCCAACUGUGUUUGCUUUGCUGAAAUACAAUGUCGAGAACGAUUAUUACAUUGCUGCUGGGGGUAUAGCAUUUAACCAUGGUUUCUUUCCUUAUCUUGCCAAAGCAUCCAACGGAAAAACACAAAAUUUAACCGAAAUAAAAACCAAUUUUUCUGAAUGGAAUUUUUACUCUGUCCUUGAAAACCGGAACUAUUCGAUUCAUUGGAGUUCUAAUUUUCACAAUUUACAAACCGGAAGUAAUGUGACCCAAUACCAAAGUGAAAGAAAUGGCCAUUGGACUGGACCCUACUUUGAUUGCAGAAAGUUACAGCGUUGGGUGUUGACUUUUUCUAUUCCUUUCUUCUAUCUACGAAACAACAAACCAACCUUUAGAGGUGUCGUGAUGAUAGAGAUCGAUCUAAACAAGACAGAUAUAAACCAGUGUGCUCAAGAUGACUCCUUGUUCUCCAAGUCCCAUAAAUGUUAUACAGAAACCACGCAGUGCGAACACAUACCUGGAGGAGGAUUGCGUGCCGGAAGUUACAAAUGCGUCUGUAGACCUGGUUACUACUUUCCCCUUCAGAACGCUACAACUAAAUAUUUCUCUGGAAUUACAAUGGAAAAUUCGUUUCUAGAUGACUAUUACAACAAAUCAUCAAUGAACAGCAGUGACUUUCAAUGUCUUCCAUGCUUGCCCGGAUGUGAACUGUGUGAUGACAAAACGCCAUGUAUGGCGGAAUAUAAUAUAUUACUCCGCGGUAUUCCUCUUGGUAUACAGAGUUUCUGUAUUACUGUUUCACUUGUGAUUGGCGUGGCUGUUUUAAGACUACGCAAGACAAAAGUGAUGGUUAGUGGUAUGUGGGUUUUACUCGAGAUUAUCCUUAUUGGUGCAGUCUUUCUUUAUGCCACAGUUAUCAUACAAUAUUUUGAGCCUACAACGACCAUAUGUUUAGUGUUACCAUGGUUUCGGGAGUUAGGAUUUGCUGUGGUAUAUGGUGCAUUAAUAUUAAAAGUUUAUAGGUUAUUAGGAGAAUUUCAGUCAAGGAAAGCGCACAGAGUACAUGUUCGUGAUAAAGAUUUAAUGAAAUACUUAUGUUGUGUUAUAAUAGUAGUUUUAGGAUAUAUGUCUGUGUGGACAACUGUUACUUUAGAUCAUAUUAGAGAAGGAAAAACUAUUCUAGAUACAGGUGUUACUCCUGAAGACAAUUUGAAAUAUUUAGUAUGUAAAUCAGGAUGGUGGGAAUAUGUUAUAGAAAGUGCUGAAUUAUUAUUUCUAUGUUUUGGUAUAUACCUCUGCUAUCGUAUAAGAUCAGCCCCUUCUGAUUAUUCAGAAGGAACAUAUAUUUCUGCAGCAAUAUGCUAUGAGGCAGUUAUUUCAACAGUAUUUUAUGUACUUAGGCAUGUUUAUUGGUUGAAUCUUCAUCCAGAUUAUUUGUUUCUUAUGUAUUUUGUUCGUUGUCAGAUGACUGUUACAAUUACCCUACUUCUCGUUUACGGACCAAAACUUUUAUAUGCACAUCGCCCACCCGAGGACCACCAUAUAAGAAAUCGGGCUCCCUCUGAGGCUACAGACAAUAUGGCGCCGGAAACGCUGAAAUUAAAUGUUGGCAUUUCCUCAAAUGGAGAUGUCGAUGUAGGGGAGAUAAGUCUAGCUGAUAUGGACCCAGAAGAUAUCAGAGCUGAGCUUAAACGUUUGUAUACCCAACUUCAAAUAUAUAAAACAAGAACAAUGAGAAAAGACAAUCCACAUAUUUCUAAACGAAGAGGAGGCAGAAAACAAACACAUAGGAGAUUUUCAUUACAGGCAUUCCAUCAUAAACAUAGACAUCACCAUAGUGACCAUGAUCACGAACACGAAAUGUCGAAAACACCCGAAGAAUCAACGAACAGUGCCGAGGCUGUUGCACUAACAUUUGAAAGUGCAUGCGCGAAUCGUUGUGACGGUGAAACUCAUGAAAAGGAGACAAAACCAAGAGAACAGUGUACAGUCACUUUCAAAAUGGGCCUCAAAUAAAGAUUUUUAAAUUACAUCUAUAUUUCUACAGAAGUUGAAAGUGCGCAUUUAACACGUGACCUGUACUUGAAUCACGCCCAAUGAGAUAGCCUUAUAAGCUACAGACGAUGGGGUAUGUGUACGCGCGGUUAGACCACAGAAACAGUAAAACGCUAGUCAGAAAACAAUGAAAAUACCUCACGUGAUAGUAAUGGAGCAGUUUUAGAUGUAAGGACCAGAAUGCAAACACUGUCUCAACAAUAUUAUUAUAUAUUACUGUUUGGCUAAUAACGUCCUAAACAAUGGAAAUUCAACCAAUGGCGUGAUUUGUUUCCAUUUGGGGUACUAACAAUGAAACUACCCGUAGUCAUUUAGAUACUAAAACGGCGAAUUGUGUUUGACUGUUCAUAUUGUACUUCAAUUUUCUGUGUAACUGUUAUACAUUAGGUUUUUGUCCUUAAAAUAUGACAAUUGAUGAGCGAUUGCUAUGGCAACAAAUUUUAUCUUCAAAAGUGCCAUAUCUAUAAAGGCAAAUAUGUUUCUUCUGGGCUUACAUGAUACUUAGACUUUCCAGGUACAGAAAAAAAUCUGAUGUGGAUGAAAUAACAAAUUCUAUGUCAAUGAUUUUUUCUUACCACUGAUUCGAAAUAACUGUAGUAAUCUGAAUUUAUAAAUGUUUCUUACUCUGAAAUCUACGUUGAAACUAGAAUUUAAAAAACAGGAUAUAAUUAUGUAAGUACCCGAUAACUCUUUUAAAAAAUAAAGAUUAAAAUUAUCGAAGCAAAACUUAAACGCCCCACGUCGAUAAACAUGAUACAAAAAGCAAAUGUUAAUAACUUACCAACCACCUUUUCUAAAGACCAUAUUUACCUAGAGUUUAAUUCACGACAUAAAGUCAUUGAGUCUUCAAAUAUAAAAUAUUUUUUAAAUGGUGAAAUAAUUUUUUUUUUAGUUCAAGAUAUUAAACAUAACUUCAGAGAAACGAAAGUUUGAAAAAAAAAGAUCUACUUAAGUUCGGCUUAGUUACAAUUGGAACUAUCAAUUAUUGUGCCAAAACAUUACCAUAUUCCAUUUCACGAUUUGAUUAUAUAGUGCCAUUUUAUCAUUAACUACUAAUAGCUGUAUACAACGUGGUAACCUAGGUUAUGGGAGGUUACUAUUACAAUCACUUGUACGUUUUCGUCAACCAGUUGUGGUACAUAUGUUCAAGCUUCAGAAUACCACAGAUUAUGUGUUAUGGGUUUUCUCCGUUAUCCUAGGGAAACCCCCUUUACUAGAAAACGAUUAUUGCUAAUGCUCGUUUAUUUUUGUAAAAGAUUGCAUUAAAUUUACUUUUGAAUAAAUCUUAUAAUAUAAAUAACAGAAGGUAUUUCAAAGAUGUGUGUAUUUAUUUUGCUUGUAUGAAUGUGUGUGUGUGUGUGACUGCAAUAUUUGGUAUAAUGACAUUGAUCGAAAAGAUAAAAUUGACAUUCUUCUAUAAAAACGAAUCAUAUGUUAUUUAAUGAAGAAAGAACAGUUGUUUCAUCAAACAACACAUAAAAAUUUCUUUCAUUAUCUUAGUGUGGUACCUAACACUUUAACUAAAAUUAAUUUGGCUCGUUUAAUGUUUGGACCUUUGACCAAACAUAUAGGAAUUUCAAAAAAUUUGAACCAACCGUUUAAUCAGAAAAAUCACACUGGUUAUAUAGCAGUUUAACAAACAUCUUUUAAUUUAUCAUUGUCAGAGAAGCUUAAUAUUCCCUUAUGAACACAACGUCAUUAAAACGUUCUGCUGAUUUUACAGAGUUAUCUCCCUGUAGUGCUAGGUACCACCUUAAUUACAAUUUGAAAACUUUUUAUUUCGUUAAUAUAUAUUUAUUAAAACAGUUUCUGAUUUCAUAUAUAUUAGAAGUUGGUUAGAGUUAUUUCCCAUUAAGUAGAUAUGCAGUUUAAAUAAUAACUUUAUCUAAGGCGUUCUAUGAUAAAAACAUGAAAUCAUUUUAAUGAUAUAAACUUACGCUACGACAACUUGUCAUAAUAAAUUACCUUUUCAUGUUAUGUCAUGAAAGUUGAACAAAUCCAAAUAUCUGUGAAAAAUCACAAAAAAAAACGUUUCAAGAAAAAGGAGAAAAGGAAGGAAGACUGACUUGAAGUGACAAGCGUUCUUGUAAAACGUAAACGAAAAUACAGAUAGGCCGCUGGGCUAAGUAUGAACAUAGUCUACUAGCUAACAAUCUAUAAUAUUUAUCUUCACUAUAAAUGAACCAUGGAGGGUUUCUACUGUGUAUAUCGUUAUGUAUAUAUAUAUAUUACCAAAUCUCCUUCCUUUUCAGCUAUGUAAGUAAAACAAAUAUUUUGUAAUAAAAUUAUAAAUUGUUAUAUUAUAUCA